AUGGAUAUUGACAUUUCUUAUAUUAAUUCACUCAAUGUUUGUGUUUGUGUUGGUCGAUAUAUUAUCUUUGUACGAUCAAUAUCCGGUGUAUUAAUACUUCAAUAUUUGGCAAAAAAACGAAAAAGCAAAACAAAGGUUGAUCUGCAAAGCCCAAAUAAAAUCCAACAACCGACUAUACCACCUGUGCUUUACAUUUGUUUUGUUGCUCUUAAUAUAUUAUUUGCACCACAAGCAUGUAAGAAUACAGUGUUUUUACUUGACAUUGAGACGAAUCAAAAUAGCAAUAAAAAAGAUGCGACUUCAGAUUUAGAUAAACCGCCGUGGAUGCUCUUACAGCCAAUUGAACACGCUAUAAUUGUCACCUUAAUUCUUUCCGCGUGUUCGCAAAUCAAUAAGACCACAUUUUUCUUUCUCGCUGGUCUACUUGUAAAAGUUUUCAAGAUUGCUAGCUUGUCAGGUUCAUUAGCAAUAAGGAAUCAGUGUUUGAUUGUAGAAUCUGCUCUUCAUUCUACUGUAAUUUGCAUACCACAAGUUUGUUAUAUUCGAUCUAAAUUAUUCUUCUAUUGCUAUAACGCAGUCGAAAUUAGCCACACAUAUUGGGAAUUAAUUAUUUUGGUCGUCAUUCUCAAAAGAGAAUUCUAUGUAAUCGACAUCCUGAUUGGCCGGCAAAAAUUUAGACACGACGCAAAAAAUAAAAAGGAUGUUAGAGUUAUUAAACUUAGUUGCUAUCAUUUUAUUAAUCAUGUUGCUCUGAUUAAGACUCAGAUAGGAUCGAUUAUCUGA